CGCUGGCAUUUGCUUCCCAUCGGCAUCGCGGUCCAUCUCAGCGUCUCUCCCUCUCUUUCACCACAACCAUGCGUCUCUCGCACCCCGCUGUCGUCGUCCUGGCCGCCGUCGGCUCGGCCGGCGUUGCGCUCGCCGCAGCCAACUCCCCCGCCAACUGCGUCUCAGGCCGAUACUACAUGAACGACACCUCGGUCGUCUACACUAACAACAAUAAAACGGCCUCGCCGCCCUUUGCCGACGCACCGCCUUCCAAGUACGCCUUCACCAUCGACUACAACCCCGAAAAUGCCCAGAUCGGCCCCAAUGGUCUCACCAUCACCCUCAACAAGCCCCCGCCUGGCGGAAUCGCCACCGGAUCGCGGCUGAGCACCUCCUUCCAUGUCUUGCAUGCACGAAUCACAACCCACAUGCGCUGUGCCGCCGAGCAGGGCCUGAUCACGACCUUCAUCACCAUGUCCGACAGCAAAGACGAAAUCGACUAUGAAAUCGUCGGCGCACAGGUCACCCAGGCUCAGUCGAAUGUGUUCUACCAAGGCUAUCCCGAAUAUGGCGUGUGGUCUGCCACCCACAACCUUCCUUCGGGCACAAUCGAUCAGUACCAUGACUAUACCAUCGAUUGGAACUCGGACCGCAUCCUCUGGCAGAUCGAUAACACCACCGUGCGAAACUUCACCAACACCCACUACUCCACCAAUCCCGCUCUUGCCAACCAAACCUGGUUCCCAAACACGCCGUCGCUGAUCCAGUUCUCGCUCUGGGACUCGGGUGACGACGUAACCAAUGCCGGCCAGGUGGCCUGGUCUGGCGGCCCGCCGUCGUGGAGCCAGCCAAGCUACAACGCCAGCUGGGCAUACGUUGAUAUCCAGUGCUACGACGACAACAACAGCCCCGUCAGCGCUUGGCCUGUUGGCUCAGUGCGUGCCCAAUCCUCGCCUCUGCCCAGUCCGUCGUCGUCCUCAACCACAACCACGGUCCAGUCGGCAACAUCCAGCCAGUUGCCGACUGCGUCGCCCAGCGCCACACCUAAGUCUGGCUCUUUGGCUCGGGCGGCGGGCUCGACGAUGGCAGUCGUCUUGUCGGGAUUGGUCUGGGGGCUGUUCGCUCUCUGAUGUCCGCCACCACGCUUUGUGCUCCACCACCGCACUCCGUCAACAACGAACACAACCAUCAUCGCCAUCAUUAUCACCACCAUCACCAUCAUCCCCGCCGAGCUCCAGCGCCCGAUACCGCUCCCAGGGGCCAACGACCCAACCCAAUGACAUAUAGACAAAAUUGCAUGUACGGUGGUGUGUUGCCGUCGGCGCUGCGGGAUGUGAAUACAUCAUCUUUGGGAUCUUACUUCUCCUUUGGCCUGGU